CUCUGCAUGUUAGUAACCAAAAAUGCAAAUUCUCUACACCCCCAGUUUCCAUACUUCAACCUAAGAUAGAGGUUCAAUCCCCGCUCGCCUUAUCGUUCUCUUCUGAUGAUAGUUCCAUCAUUCCUUCAAACAUGCCAAUGUCAAAAUUUAAGAUUGAUGAAAUCACAACAAGUUCCCGUUUAGAGUUGUUCAUCAAAGAAUCCAUGAGGCAGAAUUGCUUGGCCAUCAACGUCUACAAAGAGAAGAAUUCCAUCUUGGGUGUAGCUGUUGCCUGGUCUUGUCAGUCUGUCAACUACAUCCAGCUCAGAGAGCGUUUCGAUUCCAAUCUGGAUUUAGCCAAGGUUUCUAAGUUGAAAUCUUGGUUAGAGGCUCUCAUUCGACUGAAGGUCAAGUUUAUUGUUUAUGACAUACGAUCAACCGCCAAUGAUCUUCGCCCCUUGUUCCAUCGUUUACUCAACGAGAUGCUGUUUCGUGAUGUCGAUCUCUGCCAAUGGCUUUUGGAGCCGUCCAACUCUUCCGUCAGCCUACAGAAGCUUAGUAAGAUGUACAGUCAACAAGGAUCACCUACUAAAAUGUAUAGAGGCCGAGAAAAAAUCCUACACGAGUGUUGCGCUCUACUAGACAUCUUCCAUCAGCUAAAGCAACGCCUGAGUAAAGAGGAAUUAUUGCAACCUUACGUUGACGUGGAGAUGCCAAUGGUGGCCACAAUGCUAUGGAUGGAACAAAUCGGAAUCGCCUUCGAUCGUUCCAAUUGCGAAUUGAUUUUGCAGUUAUUGCGGAAUCAUUAGAAAAUGCUGGAGGAAGCCGCGCAUCGAAUAGCAGGGCGGUCGUUUUCGUUGACUAGCACAAAAGAAGUAUCCAAAAUAGUUGCAUCUUUGAACCUCUGUAUCGAGGAAAAAAAUCCACAAUCUUUCAUCAAUCCGUUAAAAAAGAAGUUCCAGCCACUUUCCGUCAGUAAAGCAUCGCUGAUAGAAUUAGGUCGAAUUCAUCCAUUGCCGAGAGUGGUAGUAGAAUUUCGUAGAGUCAGCGCUAUUAUUCAAACCAUCAUCUGCCCCUUGCUGCAAGCAUCCACAUUCCAUGUGAGUGGGGUGGAACGUAUAGCUUGAGAGUGCGAAUUCCGAAAUGCUACGGGCCGAGUUAAUAUUGUCCAACUGAAUUUACAACACAUCCCGAGGCCGUUUUCACUUUCUGAUGGCCGGAUGAUUAAUGUUAGAAGUGCUUUUCAUGCAGCUACAGGAACUACCUUGCUUUCUGCGGAUUAUUCCCAGCUAGAACUACGAAUAUUAGCGCAUUUGAGUGAAGAUACCGGGCUUUGUUCUAUUUUAAGUAAAACUAACGGUGAUGUUUUUCGCGGUAUCGUAUCAGUUUGGAAAAAGAAGAAACAGGAGGAUGUCACAAUUGUCACAGAUGAUGAAAGGCAACAGGCUAAACAAAUAUGCUACGGA